CUGCUCGUUACCCUUUUUUCACUUGCCAUCAUGCGCCAUUGCAGUGUAUGCAAGAUCGAGUGUGAAAAGCCCCUACAAUGCUCAAAAUGUCAGAAAACCAUCUACUGCUCUGCGGAGUGCCAGAAAGUUGACUGGAAGGUGCACAAACGCAGCGUCUGCAUCAAGCCGGCCAUCCUACACAAGGUAGACAAACUGAUGAAAAAAUGGGGUGGGCCAGGGUCGACAAUGGGAACCAUCGAUAGGAUUGAACAACUGGCUUGGGAAGAGCGCCGGCGGAAUCCGAUUCCCGCGUCAAAAUGCGAUGGUUGCUUUUCGCGAUUCCGAGGUACUCCUCCAGAUGAGGAUGAGGAUGAGGAGGACGAUGUGAGAGAUGUGGGAGAUGCCUUCAAACGGUGCACAACGUGUGAUUACACCAUUUGCGAAGAUUGUACGCAGCCAGAGAUGCAAGGUGUUCCAUACUUUGAUCGCCCAUCAGGCACUUGCCGCUGUCCGAAGGCGAACUUUGGCGUAAGCUACUGCUUAUCGCCGCCCUGUUACCUUGACGGUGAUGGUCGUAAGCCAUACCAUGGUGACAGACACCCCGAGAUGGCGGGCAGUGGAUACAGUGAAGAUGCAUUCGAGCCGAAGGAACGGCAAUGCAGGACAUGUGGUGUGGUUGCGCGAUGUCUAAAGAAAGAGCACCUCAAGGAUGCGAUGCCUGGCAUCAAUUAGCCCUGUGUAACCUUGAAUAGCCUGCUUCGCUUGUUCUAGUACGAAUGAUGUUGAUAGGUCUUCUUGUAACGUUGCUUUCUACCAUGUACUAUUACGUGUGACAACUAUUGAUCAAUAUUUACCCCGCAUUCGUCAUUCAACUUGUUAUAAUUAGCUACUGGUAGC